AGUUGACGGCUACGCGCAUGCGCAGCUUUGAAACUUGUGGCGGGCUCAGGAAACGUCAAGCUGAUGUUUCUAUAUUAGAUGAAGUCAGAGUUUCAGCAGCAUGGUUGAGGGUCCGGGAUGUACGCUCAACGGAGAGAAAAUCCGCUCCAAGGUCAAAGCGGGACAGAGGGUGAACGAGGUCCGGGGCAGCGCGGCCAAACCAGGCGUGAGCGGCCCCGGAUCGAACCCCUUUCUCAGCCUCCGCGGCGCUCACUUCUCCGCCGUGGCAACCGUCGGUAAAGAGCUCUUCAUGUUCUUCGGCCCGAGAGCUCUGAGGGUCCACUUUGGCAUGAACGGGUCGCUCCGUGUAAACCCGGCUGAGACGAAGGUUAAAUCGGGUUCGCCUCCAGUCCUGGAGAUCCACCUCAGCAGCGACAUUGUGUGCUUCUAUGACAGCACUGUAGAAAUGAGGCUGACGGAGGACUGCGAGCAGAAGGUCAAGACCAUGGAGAGUCUGGACGUCUGCUCCUCCAAGUUCAGCUUCCCCCGCUCUGAGGAGGCGGUGCGGAGCCAGGUGGGCAGGAUGCUCUGCGACGUUCUCCUCGACCAAGCCGUCAUGCCGGGAGUCGGCAACAUCAUUAAAAACGAAGCCCUGUUUGACUCGGGCCUCCACCCAGCCAUGAAGGUGGAGCAGCUGACGGACCGGCACAUCCACCUUUUGGUCAAGAUGACUCGGGAUUUCACUCUUUUGUUCUAUAAGUGCCGUAAAUCCGGCUCUCCUCUCUUCAAACAUUACCGAGUCUACAAGCGUCCCCAGUGUGGUCAGUGCGCUGGUGUCAUCACAGUCUGUCGUCUUGGAGACAACGGCCGGAUGACUUACUUCUGUGAGCGCUGUCAGAAGGCAGAUCCCAGUGGGGGGGACAUCAGGACGCUUCCUCGCAGGAACAGUCUGAUCGGCUGGGCCUGCGUGAAGACGAGCGGCGACGACGUGGCCCGGGCGGAGGAAGAGGACUGGGUCUGUCAGCUGUGCACGCUCAUCAACCCACCGUCAGCGAGCGCUUGUGACGCCUGCCUCACCCCCAGGCCUGAGGCCCACAAAGAGGACAUCAGCACUGGAGCGUCGCCCUUCACUGCAGAUCUAAUCAGAUACCCUUGCACCGCCUUCACCAAGCCACCAGAGGAGCUCAAAGUCAACUGGAGGUCUGCGUUCGGAGCUACCACCCUCGUUUUCUCUGACAUGAGCCAGAAACCCAAGCCUGUAAACUCUGCGCCCCCCCCAGCCGGCAGUCAUUUGAAUUCCUUGGCGGCGGAGCGAGGUUUAUAUAAAAACAGUGUCUGCCAGGGGACAACAGGCCCCAAUUAUGCCUCUGGUGGCUGGCAGAGGCAAAGUGCCGGGCUCUCCGGCGGGGAAUCGCACGCCUCCUACAGUCACACAUCCAAGAAAAUGAGAAUUGAUCACAGUCCCUUCAGCAGUAACAAUGCUCAGGACGGAGCCCCCCACUCAGGCAUCAGCAAAACAGAGGGGAGGAGUCCCGCGUCCGGCGCCUCCUCCGGUCCCGGAGCUCCUUGUUGCGCGUCCCACCGCCGUCCGGCUGUCCUCAGAGUGGUCCACAAAGAGGGGGCGAACAAAGGACGCCGCUUCUACGCCUGCUCACUGCCCAGAGAGAGCAAGUGUGACUUUUUCCAGUGGGCAGACCUGCACUUCCCUUCCUGUCACCACGGGAAACGCAGUCUAAUGAGGACGGUUCUGAAGCUGGGACCCAACAACGGCCGCACCUUCUACACCUGCAGCUUUCAAAAGGGGAAGCAGUGCGACUUUUUCCAGUGGGCCGAGACGGGACCGGCGCCCCCCGGCUGCUGAUGGGCUGCAGCCAAACACCCCUUUAAACUGGCGCUUUCACAGCGUGAAGACCGUGCUGCUGCGAAGCUUUGAUCCGGCAUCAUCCAGCCUGUUGUUCUUCUGGUCCUGCAGGCUCGUAGUGUGGGUGUUGUGUGCUGCAGGUUUUCAGUGUUCUUUUUCUUACAAAAACACAGUUUCUAGGAAAAACUAAACCUGAACACAACAAUGAUUGAAAGUGGAAAAAAAUCAGGUAGAAUGAGCUUCAGUUUCCUUUGUGUUCUGACAGGACGUAGGAAUAUGAAAAUGUCGAAGUUUUUCCAUUUUUACACAACAGUUUAUUCUCUGUUCAUCAGCUGGCUGUAUUUAAUCAAAUGUAGAUGAUCUUGUAUAAUAAACACAACUCUGAAUCAAAUAAAGAUGAAUAUUAAUA